GACACCCAGUCUAAUAUAGAGAGUGGUAGGUACACUCAGCUUAUCGAUGAUUAUCAAUGUUUUAAUGUUUUGGUGUAGCAAUGUUUCCAGCAGGGCUCCCCCUAUCACAAUUUCCUGUAUUUGUUUGCCUCUCUCGAUCUUGCUGGCAUCACAUCUCGAAUGACAAGGAUAGAUAGGUCUGAAAUUCUGACUAUAAGCCUGCAGAAACGCCUAGUGGCCUAGACUAGAUAAUACAUGCUUUAAGACGUGUCAUAUUUACUGUGGAUAUACAUAUAACUGUAGCAUUAUGUUAGAGUAAAGUUUUAUGACUGAUUUCCGAACUGUAUUUGAAAAAAAAAAACACUUAAUUGACAUUGACAUUAAUGACAUUAGUAGGUAUUAUUUGUCAUCGAAAAUCUAAUUAGUUUUGGGAGCAAAGUUGUACUUAUUUUUAUUGAAAUAAAAUGUAUAAAGUAGCAUUUUAUCUAUUGUUCGUUAUAACAAGGUGCAUGAGUACAAGUGAUAUUGAUGUAAAAACUGAAGAAGAUGUAGGAGUAAAAUAUGCGAAUAGAUGCGAAGUCUGCAAGAUUCUGGCUACGGAACUGCAGAGUCGGCUUGAGGAGACCGGUAAAGUCCACGAAGUACUCGAAAUCGGAUAUUCACUGGAUGAUGUACAACCUAAGAAGAAAAUGAAGUACCAAAAGUCGGAAUUAAGACUCAUAGAAUCAUUAGAAGGCGUUUGUAAUAAAAUUCUAGAGUACAACAUCCACAAAGAGAGACAGGACAGCACUAGGUUUGCGAAAGGAAUGAGUCAAACUUUUAAAACUUUGCAUGGCUUAGUUGACAAAGGUGUAAAGGUAGAUCUUGGUAUACCCUUGGAAUUGUGGGAUAAACCAUCAGCUGAAAUCACCCAAAUGAAAUCUCAAUGUGAAAGUCUUUUGGAGGAAAAUGAAGAUGCUAUUGAGGACUGGUACUGGAACCAUCAGGGUGAUGUAGAGUUAAAAAUUCACUUGUGCACCAAACAUGCUCUACAGGGCACUGACGACUCUUGUCUUUACGAGACUCUGAACGACAAAGACAAGGGCGAGCGUGCGGACAAGUCGGAACUAUGAGAGUGAAUGACAAAUACUAGUUAAGAUAAAUAGACUGCAGUGAUUUUAUGCAUUUAUCAUAAGUUUUUGUAAAUGGAAUGUACAUUAUCAAUAUCUGAAUAAUAUUGAUUAUUUCAAUAAAUAAUGUUAUUGGGUACAAUGAAACCUCAUCAAGUAACUCUUAUUUAUUUCUGGCAAUGUCUACCAAUACCCAAGUAAAUAUGUAAAUGUCUAUUAUUUAAAACCAGGUUAAAUUACAUAAUUAGCUGAUGACUAGGUUUAUAUUUUCAGUUUCCUACUUGAUAUAUUUUUUGUCUUUUUAUUAAUAUCCAAUAGUGUAGUAAUUUUAAGAUUUUUUAUUUAAAGUACAAAAACUGUUAAUAAGUACAUAAAAUGAUGUGAAGUAGUUAAUGUAUCUUUCAAUCUUCAAUCAAUAGUAAUAGUAAAGAAAUAUUGCAUUAGAACA